CCUCCUCCGCUGCUCCGCUCCGCUCCGCCGUGCGAGAGUCUGCUGGGGCCCGAGCGGCGGGCGGCGGGCGGCGGUGGUGGUGGCAGUGGCAGGGACAGGGACAUGGAACCUGGGGAUGGGGGUUGGAGCGCCGCUCGCGGGCAGGGGGCCGGGCCCCCGGGCGGCCAGCCGCCUCGGGAGCAGGAGCGGAAGCUGGAGCAGGAGAAGCUCUCCGGGUUGGUGAAGAGCGUCCACCGGCGGCUCCGCAAGAAGUACCGCGAAGUUGGAGAUUUUGAUAAGAUCUGGCGAGAACACUGUGAGGAUGAAGAAACACUCUGUGAAUAUGCUGUGGCGAUGAAAAAUCUUGCAGAUAAUCAUUGGGCAAAAACUUGUGAAGGGGAAGGUCGUAUUGAAUGGUGUUGCAGUGUUUGCAGAGAAUAUUUCCAAAAUGGUGGAAAGAGGAAAGCCCUUGAAAAAGAUGAAAAAAGAGCUGUGCUUGCUGCUAAAACUGCACCAGCCUUAAGUGUUAAUGAUUCAUCCAAGUUUGAAGAUCAUUUAACUAACUUCAGCUUUACAAACCCAGAAUAUAUAACUGAAUUGCUACAACCCUCAGGAAAGAUCAGAUUACUUGAUGUUGGCAGCUGCUUUAAUCCAUUUUUAAAAUUUGAAGAAUUUCUGACUGUCGGCAUAGAUAUUGUACCUGCUGUGGAGAGUGUCUAUAAAUGUGACUUCCUGAACCUGCAACUUCAGCAGCCACUCCAACUUGCACAAGAUACAAUAGAUGCCUUUUUGAAACAGCUGAAAAACCCAAUUGAUUCUCUUCCCGGAGAGCUUUUUCAUGUGGUUGUUUUUUCUCUCCUCCUUUCUUAUUUCCCAUCACCUUAUCAGCGAUGGAUUUGUUGCAAAAAAGCCCAUGAACUUUUAGUAUUAAAUGGCCUGUUACUUAUCAUCACUCCUGACUCCUCCCAUCAGAACCGUCAUGCUAUGAUGAUGAAAAGCUGGAAGAUUGCUAUAGAAUCUCUAGGCUUUAAACGUUUCAAGUAUUCAAAAUUUUCUCAUAUGCAUCUAAUGGCAUUUAGGAAAAUAUCUUUAAAAACUACCAUUGACUUGGUUAGCAGGAACUAUCCAGGAAUGCUAUAUAUUCCACAAGAUUUCAACAGUGUAGAAGAUGAGGAAUACUCUAAUCCUUCCUGUUAUGUCCGAUCUGAUAUAGAAGAUGAACAGCUGGCUUAUAGUUUCACAGAGCUUCCUGAUGCUCCAUAUGACUCAGAUUCUGGAGAAAGUCAAGCAAGCUCAAUUCCUUUCUAUGAGCUAGAAGAUCCUAUUUUACUUUUAAGUUAAUAUAAAUGGAAAAAAAAAAAGCCCUUUUCAGUCCAGACUCCUUUCUUGCCUAAACUAAUUUGAAAUCUUAACAUGGGCUCAGUACUUAAAAACAUGGUUUGCAUAGAAAAAUUGCAAAGGUUUACAGAGUUUGCUAUUUUUUUCAACUUCUAAAUUUUAAAAUUUAUUCUUAUAUAAAAAGCUUAAAAUUUCAUGCAAAAUGACUCCUAUUGUAACAGAAACUGCUGUUACAGUCUUUAGGAUUUGUAGCACUAAAAUAUAGAAAGGUACAUUUUUCUCUUCAGUGCUGUUGUGUGAAAUGAAGCAUCAUUUGCUAUGUUUUCCUUUGUUUUUCCUUUUAAAUACUGUUGGAAUUUAAGAUGAAGUGGGGGAAAUAUGAGGUAUUUACAUAGAAAGCUGUAGUUUGCACUUUGAUGACUCACAAGUUAAAUUUGAUGUGAAGUAAAAGGUUGGGUUGUUUGAGGGGUUUUUGGACGCACUUAUACAUUUUUUUCUUUUUUGGUAACAAAAAUAUUGUCUGUAGCAGAAAGCUAUUUUCCGUUCAGUUUUGGCUGAUGA